CGUCACCUCGUCGCCUGCCCACGUCUCCCACGCCUCCUCCAGAUCCGGUCUUCCCCUCCGCGGCCGAUGGCCGAAGAUCCCGCGGGAUCCCGCCGCUGGAGGUGCGACCCCGACGGCGACGACCGCUGGCUCUCGGGAGCCGCCGGCGACGACCACUUCGACCGCCUCCCCGACGCGCUCCUCCUCGUCAUCUUCAAUCGCAUCGGCGACGUCAAGGCGCUCGGCCGCUGCUCCCUCGUCUCCCGCCGCUUCCAUGAGCUCAUCCCCCUCGUCGACUCCGUCCUCGUCCGCGUUGACUGCGUCAUCCCCGACGAGCCCCCCUCCUCCUCGUCCCCGUCGGCGCCUUCUUCUCCUACUGCCUCCGUGCGCGCCCGCGGGGUCUUCUCACAGAUCGCGCGCAUCGUGCUCGGCGGCAUCGUGAAGCCUAUCCAGGCGCUCGGUCAGAUCCUCUCCCCCGCUAACUCCGCCCCCGUCUCCCCGGCAUCCUCCGCUUCCUCCUCCCUUUCGUCGUCUCUGCCUCCUGGGGACGUGUCGCACCACUCGCCCUCGGAGGUGCUACGCUCCUUCAAGGAGCUCCGCCACCUGCGCAUCGAGCUCCCGGCGGGCGAGCUCGGCAUGGACGACGGUGUGAUGCUCAAGUGGAAGGCUGACUUCGGGUCCACGCUCGGCAGCUGCGUCAUCCUCGGCGCGUCCUCGGCCUCGCCAUCCUCCGCUGUCUCGGAUGGCGCGGGCACAGCUCCCUCUGUUGACAGUGGCGGUGGCGAGACUGACGAUUCAGGAAGCAUCCCAGAGUCGUUCUACACAAACGGAGGGUUGAAGCUGCGGGUGGUGUGGACCAUCAGCUCGCUGAUUGCGGCGUCGGCGAGGCAUUACUUACUGCAGCCGAUCAUUGCCGACCACACGACGCUGGAUAGCUUGGACCUGACGGACGCGGACGGGCAGGGAGUGCUCACCAUGGACAAGUGGCAACUGCAGGAGCUGCGGGUGAAUCCGUUAUCAGCAUCUGGGGGCUCGCACCGGACGCUCAUGCCUGAGCUUAGCAUGCAGCUGUGGUACGCACCAUGCAUUAAGCUGCCUGGGGGGUUGGUGCUGAAUGGUGCGACGCUGGUGGCCAUCAAACCAAGCGAGGAGGCAACAAGGGACACAGUUGAUAAUGGGACUGAUGGGUUGGCCUGGGUUUUAGAUGCCUUUGAGGAGCCAUAUCAGUCAGCAGUCAAGAUGCUCCUCAAACGGAGGACUUACAGCCUUGAGAUGAAUUCAUUCUAAUCCAUGGAGGAAGGAGAUGGCAUUUCGGAAGCUUCAGAUGUGAGAGGAUGUUAUUACAUUCUCAUGACAUGCAAAUGGAGAAGUUUUCUGGCUGCCUUUUAUACCUGAAUCUGCACCUUCUUCGGAUUCGCUCCAAGUAUGUACUGAUAUAUGCCUUUUUUAUGUUGAGCAUCUCUCAGCAAGAACAUGGAUGAAAAUGAAGAGAAGCCGAGUGCUAAUUUAUGGAUGUUGGAGUCGAGAGGCAAAGCCAUUGUUGUGGUUGUGGGUGUUCUCUCUGAGGAAGCCCUUAUCUUUGUCAGAUCAGAUGUCAGAUGUGGUGGCAUAGAUUUUUUUUUUCCUGCAUGUAUCCACAUCAAGCUACUAACCUUAUGUUAAUUUCCGCUUUGGAUUGUACUGCCUGUUUGCAGAAUGGCUCGCACUACGCAGUCACAUCACAUGUGAUGUUGCUCUGUGCAUCAAUGUGUGCCGUGGGUGGGCUCUUAGAUUCGAAUUAGCCAAAGCUGUAAAACUUUUACUUAAAAAAGGUUUGCUAAUGUUGCAGCACUAUGCUGUGAAUCUGUAUAAGCGUAAGCGCUCGAGUAUGUUAUGUGGACAAAAUUGAGAAUGUCGCGUCAGUUUUGCCCGUUUGAUUU